AUGGGCAUCUUCCGCUUGGCCAGAAAAACAGUCUUUACCGGCCUGUUGGGCACUUCCACAGCCGCCGCGUACCUCGCCUCUCAAAACCCCGUCAUCUCCCCUCUCCCCGCCAACGACCCCAUCUGGUCCUCUCGACUCUUUAGGAGGGCUAAUCCGAAUGGUAACCCUGCUACCCAGGAUGUCGUCAUCAAGCGCAUUCCCUUUAGCAAGAUUCGUCCGGAGCUGUUGCAGAAUAACAAUGAUUUGACGCUUGAGUUCUGUCGUGGAGUCUGGAGUGGUUGGGGCUUCGCUAUUCAGCGUCGCUACGCGCAAUUGAAGUACCGAGGUCCCGAGACAGAGCAUCAGCUCUGGGAUCCUGAACAACUCGCCACAAGCACUUACGACAAAGGCGCUAUCAUCACUGAUCAUUUCGAAGUGGUUGAGAAGACUCCUACGUCCAUCACCGUGCGCUGCGGCGACUCACCGCGCAACCAGCCCCUGCGCCCCUCUGACGGUCUCUUCCAGAUCAGCGCUACUAUCGACAAGACGCACGAGGAGGUUGAGUUGCGCCUCAAGAGUGUUUUGUUCUCCAGCGAAGGUAAGGUCGCGGGAAACAAGGGCCCUAUGUCCCCGUGGAUUACUGAGCUGCAUCAGUGGUAUGCAAGGAUCUGGGCUGAGACUGGUUCCUGGAAGCUUCUUAAGUGA